CUGAUCUAAACUAAAGUUUGAAAAACAAAUUUGAAUGACGUAAUGCACAUACUGGGUUCUUCCGUGUCACUGUCGCCACAAUGAGUUCAGAGGUUGGAAGAAACUGAAUCUUGGCAACAGAUUUCCUUCCGGUGACUUUGUCAAAACAAUGAGGCCAAAACAAAACAAAACAAAACAAAACCUGAUAGCAAACUGAAGAGAACAAAUCCCAGCAGGUGCUGAUUCCCAGAGGCCCAAGUUGUGGUUCAAACGGUCACUCCAAAGUAAAAACAAAACUGUACUUCAAUGUUAUUGGCACAGGUGCACUAGGCAGCUCCUCCCACGACCGCAUGGGGUCACGGUCCCCCACAUACAUGGACAGUCGGUUCACAAGGAAACCGCUCGCGAUUGUUUCCAGAAAAUCCGUCGCAAAUUUCAUGUACAUUCUUAAGAGUUGUGUUUGUGAAACUUCACUGGAUCUUUGGCCGCGAGCAGAAGGAAUUUGUUUCUCAUAAAAUGUUAUCUUAAUCUGAUGCCUAUUUGUUUUGACUUGCAAUCAAAUUGCUGACCCUCAAGGAGGAAUGCGGCAUUUAGAUCUGACCAGAUUAUUUCCAAUGAAGCGCACUGAAAGUUUGAGCUUCGGGCUACUCAUAAAGUUGGACUCCCCGUUCCAAAGGUCCUCGGUUGAGGAAGACAACAAACACCAACUCGAUCACAAAGACGGGCAAUGGAAACCGAGGAGGCGCAGCAGAAAACCUCAAAGCAAGUAUAUUUUGCCAUACUGCCAGAUAAAUACGAACCUUUGAUCGAAGAUGAAGGGAACCAGAGGACGCCAGAGGAAAAGCUGAGGAGGAAGGAGAAGAGGAAGAGGAGAAAGAAAAAGUACAUUCGGAACGUCAAGAAGGCCUGCACCUUCAGCUGGCGCUGCCUGGUGUACGGCCUGCAGAGCCUGGCUGGCGCCUUCUCCACGCCGCUGUCAGCUGUGGUCGUCGUGAUGGAGCAUCAACGAGAAGCUGCCCAUCAAGCGUGACGGGCCUGUGGAUGGAGCCUCGCUAAGACUCUUUCUGUCCAAUGUUUUGAAGAUGUAAUUGUCACUUUUUUUUUUUUAAUCCUGCGUAAAUUUUACUUCCUGUACAGUACCUCACAGCAAUUGUUGUCACAUUUGUGUUUCAUGAUCGUAACGCGGUUUAGAUAAAGUUGGUUCACAAGAUAUGUGAUAUGGGAUUGUGUCAAAUAAAAUGUUUGAAACCC